AUGUUCCCUACAAGACUCAAGUCGUCCAGGGGACAAAGCAGAGCCGCCAUAAAGAGCUUACUGACUUAUUCAGACAGCCAGUAAACGUCCCCGGAGUGUGUCGUCAGCAGGCAGAUAGACAGAAGUCUCCUCGCGCUCUCAGCCCGAGCUCCGUCAGGCCCAGAGUUGGAGGAGUGAAGAUGGAGGUCUGCAGGUGCUGCACCGCCGCAGGCCCUAAACAGGUACAGAGUCCUUCCCUCCAUAGAUCCAGGGAAGGAGCUGGAUAAAGACAUGUCCCAGCUCAGCCUGUGUGAUGAGGACAGGAGGAGCAAUGACACCUCUGCUCGCAGCUCUCACACACGCGCCGCAGGUAUCUCUUUGCUUGUGGCGGUCAGGUCGAGACCAGAGAGCCGUUCCGAACCACAAGUUUUCAUGCAGACCGCCGAAGUGCCCUGCAGGAACUUCAUAGACAUGAACCUGAGCCUGCAGCAGUGCAGCAUCCCAACAAUCAUGAACGCCCUGAUGAAGACUGUAAAUGCAGUGAAAUACUCACUGGAUGCUUCAAAUUCUGAACAUCUAAUGGAACCUCAAACUGUAAUCGUGGCCCUGAACACUCCUUGA